CACAGCGCUGCUUCUCCUCCAGCUCCGGUGUCGGCGGGCGGCGCGGCGGCCCCGGAUGGGGCCAUGUCUAACGGGGUUUAUGUGCUGCCGAGCGCGGCCAACGGAGACGUGAAGCCGGUGGUGUCCAGCACGCCGCUGGUGGACUUCCUGAUGCAGCUGGAGGAUUACACGCCUACGAUCCCAGAUGCAGUGACUGGUUACUACCUGAACCGCGCUGGCUUUGAGGCCUCAGACCCUCGCAUAAUUCGGCUCAUCUCCCUAGCUGCCCAGAAAUUCAUCUCAGAUAUUGCCAAUGACGCACUACAGCACUGCAAAAUGAAGGGCACAGCCUCUGGCAGCUCCCGAAGCAAGAGCAAGGACCGCAAGUACACUCUAACCAUGGAGGACUUGACCCCUGCCCUCAGCGAGUAUGGCAUCAAUGUGAAGAAGCCGCACUAUUUCACCUGAGCCACCCAACCUAUAUGUACUUGUCUGCCCCCUUAUCCCCACGCCAGCCUGUUUUCAUAAUAAACUUUAUUGUGACAGGUA